AUGGAAACAACUGGCGAUGCUGUAAUGGCUCCCCCAGCUGCUGCAAAGCUAGUCAUCAAGAGAGAUGGCUCUAAGCAAGCAUUUAGUAGAGACAAGCUUGAGAAGAGACUCGAAGCCAUGUCAUAUGAGCUUGAAAAAGAAUACGUUACUUUCAAGGAUGUUCUUGACAAGGUUGAGAAUGGCAUCUAUGAAGGUGUUACUACUCAGAAAAUUGACGAUCUCUUGGCUGAGACUUGUGCUUAUAUGACCAUUGUUCACCCAGAUUACUCCCAGCUAGCCUCAAGGAUCUCAGUCAGUGCUCUACAUAAAGAGACUCCUGAUUCCUUCUUUGAAGCUAUGAAAGCUUUGAAGGAGUAUGUUGAUAAAGCCGGAAGACCAGCUCCACUUAUAUCUGAAGAUGUCUAUGAAAUCAUUGAAGAGAACAAGGAGAAGAUUGAAGAGCAUAUUGACUACAAGAGAGAUCACACCUAUGAUUUCUUCGGAUUCAAAACUCUUGAAAGAUCUUACCUCCUAAAAAUUGAUGACAAGAUUGUGGAAAGACCACAGACAAUGCUGAUGAGAGUCUCUAUUGGUAUCCACAAGAAGGAUAUUGAGUCUGCCUUUGAGACUUAUGACUUGAUGAGUAACAAAUGGUUCACCCAUGCUACUCCUACCUUGUUCAACUCAGGAACUCCAAAACCACAAAUGAGUUCUUGCUUCUUGCUCGCAAUGCGGGAUGAUUCUAUAGAUGGAAUCUAUGACACAUUGAAGCAAUGUGCUAUUAUCUCUAAGAAUGCCGGAGGUAUUGGACUUGCUGUUCACUGCAUCAGAUCGACCAAUUCUUACAUUAGAGGAACCAACGGACGUUCUAAUGGAUUGGUGCCCAUGCUUCGAGUCUUCAAUGAUACUGCAAGAUAUGUUGACCAAGGAGGCGGUAAGAGAAAAGGCGCCUUCGCCAUCUAUCUCGAACCAUGGCAUGCAGAUAUCUAUGAGUUCUUGAACCUCAAAAAGAACCAUGGUAAAGAUGAAAACAGAGCAAGAGACUUGUUCUACGCUAUGUGGGUCUGAGACCUGUUCAUGAAGAGAGUUGAAGAGGAUGGCAACUGGACCCUCUUCUGUCCGAAUGAGUGCCCUGGAUUGUUUGAAAGUUGGGGAGAAGAAUUUGAAAAAUUGUAUACUCAAUAUGAAGAAGAAGGUAAAGGAGUCAAGACUGUAAAGGCUCAACACCUCUGGAACGCAAUUAUUGAAUCCCAGAUCGAGACCGGUGUCCCAUACAUGCUCUAUAAAGACUCUGCCAAUAGGAAAUCUAACCAGCAAAAUCUUGGAACUAUCAAGAGCUCAAACCUCUGCUGUGAAAUUAUGGAAUACACAGAUAAGGAUCAGGUUGCUGUUUGUAAUCUUGCAUCUAUUUCCUUGGCAAGGUUUGUCAAUGAAGAAGGUGUGUUCGACUAUGAUAGGCUCCAUGAAGUAACCAGGACCAUCACUAAGAACUUGAAUAGAGUUAUUGAUAAUAACUAUUACCCAGUUCCAGAGGCUGAAUAUUCAAACUUCAGAAACAGACCCAUUGGAAUUGGAGUUCAAGGUCUCGCUGAUGCUUAUCAAAAGAUGAAAAUCCCAUUCGAAAGUGAAGAUGCUACUGAUGUCAACAAGAAGAUAUUCGAGACCAUCUACCAUGCUGCCAUGACUAUGUCCUUGGACUUAGCUAAGGAAGAAGGACAUUAUGAAACAUUCCCAGGAUCUCCAAUUUCCCAGGGAAAAUUCCAAUUUGAUCUUUGGGGUAAAGAGCCACAUACUGAUAGAUACGACUGGGAUGCUUUGAGAGAAGAAAUCAAAGAGCAUGGUGUAAGAAACUCCUUGUUGGUUGCUCCAAUGCCAACAGCUAGUACUUCACAAGUCCUUGGAAAUAAUGAAAGUUUCGAACCAUAUACUUCCAACAUAUACACUAGAAGAGUCUUGGCUGGAGAAUUCAUCUGUGUCAACCAACACUUGGUCAAAGAUUUGAUCAAGGCUGGACUUUGGACUUGGGAAGUCAAGAAUGCUUUGAUGGGAAGAAAUGGAUCUCUUCAAGGUAUUAAGGGAAUUCCAGAUGAGAUUAAGAACUUAUACAAGACAGUUUGGGAGAUCCCUCAAAAGACUCUUCUUAACUUGGCUAUUGACAGAGCUCCAUACAUCUGUCAGUCACAAUCUUUGAAUGUCUACAUGGGUGAACCAACAUUUGCUAAGAUGAGUUCGAUGCAUUUCUAUGCUUGGAAGAAUGGUCUCAAGACUGGGCAAUACUAUCUAAGAAGUCAGGGUGCUGCUGAUUCUAUUAAAUUCACUGUAAAUGUUGAGUCUCUGAUUAACUCUACUGAUAAAGGAAACUCCGCUAUUUUGCAAGUUCUUUCAAAGAACAAUGAAGUCAAGAAGACCAAGAAAAAGAUUAGAAUCAAGAAGAAGAAGGGAGGCAAAGAGGAAGAAUCUAAGCCAGUCUUCUGUCCCAGAAGGAAGAAAGGAGAUGAUGGACCUUGCAUGUCCUGCAGUGGUUAGAUUUCUCUGUAU